AUGCCCGAGUUGAAAAAAGAGGAGCAGGAAUCGAAAGAAGACCAGAAAGAUCCGAAAGAAAUGAAUUGUCCACCACUGCUGCGAAAUGGAACCAACGAUUUGAAUCAGUUUCCUAAGAAUUUGAUGGAACAGUUACAGGCUCAAUUAUUUGCCAAUCCUGCACUACAGUUUCCUUCUUUUCCACCAGCUUUCUCAAUUGCAGCUUUAACAAAUAGCCAACACGAUAUGAAGGAAGAAGAUGGCAAAAAGACACCUACCUUAGAGAACAUUCUAGAGACAUCUGCGCUUGAUGGCCGAGAAAAUGGGUCUCCAUCAGAUGGUACGAACAGUCCAGAUGAUAAUGGGAAGAGGAAACAAAGAAGAUACCGUACCACAUUCAGCGCUUUUCAAUUAGACGAGCUGGAGAAAGUGUUCGCUAGAACCCAUUAUCCAGAUGUGUUCACUCGGGAAGAAUUGGCGACACGAGUUCAACUGACAGAAGCCAGAGUUCAAGUAUGGUUUCAAAACCGCCGAGCCAAAUAUCGCAAACAGGAAAGAAGCAGUACACACCAUCCUUACCAAGCACCACUAAAUAUUCCGACCUCCAACGGAGAUAAUCCAUAUCAGAUGAUGUUGAACCAAGAAGCCAUUUUCGCUGCUAUCAAUCAACAAGCGGCGGCUCAUCUUUUGAGUGAACAAGUGCGAAUGGCUAAUGCAGACCGACGAUCACAAUCUCCAUCUGUACCAGUGACAACAGCUUCCCCAAUCAACGCUGCCACGACAAUGCCCAAUGCCGAUGCUUUGAACCUAUUCUUCGGAGGAGUUGCUCCAGUCACCUCUCAACUUCUCUACGUUCAACAGCUCAGCAGAGCCAUGGAUGCUUUCCGCUCUCAGCUAAUGGCUAACGCCCCAGCUGGAGCAACCGCUGAGAUCACUGAUGGAGCUCCAUUGAAGACUGAAGACGACUCGAAAUCUAACAGCCGCGCUGGAAGCUCAUCGCCAACUCCAACUGAGAGCUCCAGAGCUGCUGCUAAUUCCACAAGCCCAACCAAUUUUGCCGAUAUGAACACCUUGAUUGCUGAGGUUAAGAAGGAGGAGAGCCCAUGA